AUGACAUCUCUUCAGCAACAGCUCGCGGCCAUUGCCGCUACGAGCACUCACCAGCUCGACCUUAAGGCCCAGAAAGCCGCGCACGGAAAGUCGCUCCUCUUCGAGGCCAAGAUUGCCGCUUCCCAGGACUUCAACACCGUAUACCAGAUCUGCCAUGAGGGCUUCCAGGAACUGUGCCUGCUGGACCCCCGGUUCGCCGCAUUCGCGCAAAACCUAUUCAGCGAACAGAGCAAGACGGAAGACAGGACUCAGAUGACUGCCGAGGAAAACAAAGAGUUGGACGUUGUGAUAGAGAGCUUCCUGGGGCUUGUAUCGGCUAGGAUAUUGCUAAAGCCCGCUGUCAAGGCAGUCGAAUGGUUGAUUCGUCGGUUCCGCAUCCACGAGUACAACACCGAGUUUACCAUCCUUACGUUCCUGCCAUAUCACAGUACUCCCGUAUUUCUUACGCUACUCUCGAUUUUGCCUCGCAAAAUUUCGCCGACCUACCGUUUCCUGUACCCGUAUAUGACUUCGCUGGCCAACCCACCCCGCCAGGUCAUCGUCUAUACCGCUACACAUUUCCCGGCAUUCUUCUCCGCGCUCAAUUUCUACGUGCUCAAAGUCACCAAGGCCCACCACCAGUCGCCUGCUCUCCUCUCUUUCUGGGCUAGCGUGGCAACUCAAGCCGUAGAUGGUUCGCUCGAUGAGGCCAAAUCCGGCCGACUUAGCAUUCAGCGCCAGCGAGAGGAAGAGCUUCUCCUGCGGGUUUUGCCGGUCAUCAACGAAGCGCUUUCCCUUAAGAACGCACCGGAGCUCAAACUGGGCUGUUAUAUGAUCAUGACAGUCAUGGCGACCAAGGCGUCAUUGGAGGACAAGGUGCUCAACAGUUUAAUGGAGGCUAUCACUUCGAGUUGGUCUGUGGAGACGCUGGACGGUGCGCUCGUUUCUCUCGCGAUUUUGGCACAAGAGCGGCAAGGCGCAAAGCUGCCCAAGGCUGUUGUCAAGAGCCUGCUGAAACUGGAGAAGUUGGCCGACCGGAUACUGGGACUUUCGCAGCAAUGUCGUGUCGACAGGCUGGCUUUUGGCUGCGUGUUGGCAAUCCUGGAAAGGUUUACCAAGUCGGCAAACUCGGAUAUCACGGCAUGGUUGGAUGUCGUAGAGGAGACUCUGCAAGCUCAAAUCUACGACGACCUUCAAACGUCGGUUAUCGUCAAGUCGCUCCUGGUUACUGUUCAGAGAAUGGAACAGGGUUCCGACGUCACUCCUGAGCAACGUAACCAACUGGCUGAUUCCAUCGUGAGGCUUAACCAAUCGCCUGCUUUUGGACCAACAAUCAGCAGGAUCAUCGAAGAGCAAGCGAUAUCGGAAUCUAAGCCGGAGGACUCUGAGGACGUUGAGAUGGAGGACUCAUUGCCGGCGUUGCCCGAGGCCGUAGAUGAUGUUUUAUCCUCUCUGCCCUCGAAGGCAGACGAGGCUUCCUUCCUUAACUCAAACCAGUCGAAGGUAUUCGAUACUCUCUCAGCGGCCUUCUUGCGAUGCAUGUCCUCGCCGGACAAUUUAGAGAAGUUUUCCCAGGUCUCUUUGUUUGCAGAGGACGAGACUCUGUAUCCCACUUUCCUUGCCCGGUUCUGGUGUGGUUCAUAUCCUGCUCUGGCCCGAAGCGCCGCUCUUCGUUUACUUGCCCGCUGGCUCACAGCCCACAAAGAUGCGAACUCGGAUUUCCAGGCAUUUAUCCCUUAUGUCGUCAGCGCUCUCUCGGACAGCUCGGCGGGUGUUCGUAAGGCUGCUGCGGAGUGCGCUGCAGCUCUUACCCGCAUUUCGACCAAGGAAACUUCUAAAAAGGGCAGCAAGACGCCUGUUUGGGCGAAGGAAUCGCUUUAUGGCAGUUCUACGAAGUACGUGAAGUGGCUUUCCACUGAGGAUGCGUCCAAGGUUCUCUCGAAUGCCGUUAUGCCUACGCUGGAGGAGUGCUCUAUGGAUUCUAGCCACAUUAAACACGUUUUCCAGACGGCCAUGGAUGAUCGCGCUCACAAGCACGCAGGUGCUCCGGCGCACGGCCCAGAGUUCAAGGCUUCCCUCCGAACGGCGACCUGCGCAUUUGUUGCCAGCCAUGCUGCAAACACGCCUCUUUUGACUGUCAGGUUACAGUUGCUCUCCUUCUUCGAUCAGGUAGGCAAAACCGGCUCGAGCUCUCGCGUUCAGAUCUUGCUUCCAGCAGUUGAGAACUGGCUCUCGCUCCCUAAGGAUGAAGCCGAUUCUCUCUGUGCAGUUGAAUCACUUGAUCUCGCCGAAGUCGACCGGGCGCACCUCAGAGCAAUUGGCUCUCGUGACGCCGAGGGCGUGCAGCUUCUUCAGAAGGUCAUUGACGGUAAGUUGGGUCUCGAGCGACUCAACGUUCAAGAUGCCGCUUUCAACCGCCUGCGCACCAUCUGGUCUGCACUGAAACUGGGUAUAAGACAAGAAGCGGCUGAGUUCCUUCUGGGAUUCGCUUUGGAGUCUUCUGAGGACGCCAUCGUUCGCCGCCGCCAGGAGAAUGCUCUGGAGACUCUCCGGACUGUUGAGCUACCCACCGAAGUGCUUGUCUCCUUCCUCGAGGGCGUCCCCAAGGCCAUGUCACUGCCAGAGAACCCGCCGGCUGCCAAGCGUAGACGGACUAGCAAAGCUGAAAUGGCUCGUUUCGAUGCGCGUGACACAGAGGAAACUACCAAGGCUCUGGAGAAGUUGACUCUUGUGCUGGAACUGAUUGAAAGCUCGUCUCCUGAGAACCACCCCCAGCUUCUGCCUGGCCUGUUCCAUGUCCUUGGCGAACUUCAACACUACAAGAUUCAGACCAGCUCCAGCUUGGUCUACCUCCAGAGUCUUGUCAUCAGCUCGCUGCUGUCCAUUGUUGACCAGAUGAAGUCUACUGGCGCCACCAUCGAUCAGUCUGCCAUUCGUGCUGAUCUCCUUGUUGACUGUGUCCGUCACACCUCCAACCCUCAGGUCCAAAACUCCGCUCUGCUCCUCAUUUCGAGCCUGGCGACGUGCGUGCCCGAUGUUGUUCUUCACAGCGUCAUGCCCAUCUUCACGUUCAUGGGUUCCUCCAUCCUGCGCCAGAGCGACGAUUACUCCGCCCACGUCAUUGACCAGACGGUUUCGCGCGUGGUCCCGCCACUCGCCGCAUCUUUGAGGAAGCGCAAGCGGGACCUUGUUCUUGGUGUCGCUGAGCUUCUGCUCAGCUUCACUGCUGCGUAUGAACACAUUCCCCUGCAUCGCCGUCUAGGCCUCUUCGGACAGCUUGCGAAGACGCUCGGGCCCAAUGACUCGCUUUUCGCCAUCGUUUCGAUGCUCCUCGAGAAGUACCCUACCGACAGGAACGUCCGCCGGUUUGCCGUGGAGUUAAUGAGGAUGUUUGAUCCCACCACUAACCUCAAGGCAGCCAAACGGUACCUCGAGCUUGUUGAGGAUGCUCUGAAGCCGAAGCGUACUGUGUCUGAAGUCCUGUUUGGCCUGAACGAGAAGGAUGCCGACCAGAUCCAGAGCGCCGCUGUCAACCUUCUUGAUGCCCUCUCUGAGCUGCUUCGUGAUGCGCAGCUGCACAACAGAGUCAUCAGAGUCUUGAGAGAUGAGAGCGACGCUGCUGCUGACGUGCGGGGUGUUUUCACUCAGCUCUUGGAGAAGACCAUCUCCAUGUCGCAGCAGUUCAAGGAGCAAGAGUCUCUGCGUGAUGCCUGCGGACAAGUGCUGUCUAGCCUCCUUCGUCUGCUGCCUACUGCAGAGCUUGUCAAGUCUGCUGACACUCUGCUCGGCAACUCUAGCGACGAUGUCCGUCGGACUGCUCUCAAGGCCGUCGAAGCCGCCGCCAUCAAUGUCAAGCAGAGCGAUGUGUCAGCCAGGACUGCCCUGCUUGAGUUCUUGCCCCGUAUCACCUUCGUCAUCCAGAAGUUGCCGGACGUCAGCCUCAAGCACACGGCCGUGGCCUGCAUCGACCAAAUCUCCGAGAAGUUCGGCAAGAAGGACACCUCUGCCGUGGCCUCUGCCGCUGAAAUUGUCGCCGGGCCCCAGGCUCUUGGCAGCAAUGAGGACCGUCUCCGCAUCAUUUCGCUGCUCUGCCUUGCGUCCACUGUUGAGAUCUUGCAGGAUGACUUCAUUCCUAUCAUCCCAAAGGUGUUGCCGAUUGCUUUCCAGUACCUCGGAGAGAGCAUUGCUGCUGGCGGCAAGAAGCAAGCCCUGCACAACGCCGUCUACUCGCUCCUUUGCUCUCUUAUCGAGCGCAUUCCGUUCAUGUUCUCUGGCAAGUACCUCGACUCGGCGCUGCAGCUUUCGCACAAGUCGGCCGUUGCGGACCUCGGCGACGAAGCGGACGAGAACCGCGCGCAGUUCUACACGCUCGCGGCUCGCCAAAUCGACGCAAAGGACGUCUUUGGCGCGGUCGAGCGCAACUGGGACUCGGCUGUCCAGGCAGGCUACCCGGCGCCCAAGGAGCAUCUGGAGAUGCUCAACACGGCCCUGGAGUCGAGGCCGAAGGCGGUCGUGGUCAAGAACACGCAGACACUCUUCGGCUUCUUCUUCAAGGCGUUCGACCUGCGGCGCACGCGGGCGGGCGCGAGCGAGGCAGAGGAAGAAGAAGAAGAGAAGGCGGAGUUGGACGCGCUCGAGGCGCAAAUCAACAACGUGGCGCUGAUCAUGACGAUGAAGCUGAACGACGCGUCGUUCCGGCCGUUCUUUGUGCGGCUGGUCGAGUGGGCGGCGGCGGGCCUGCCCAAGAGGGAUAGCGAGGGCCGCAUGCUGCGCGCGACGAGCCUGUUCGUCUUCCUCGGCGCUUUCUUCGACAAGCUCAAGUCCAUCGUCACGGGCUACUCGAGCUACGUGCUGGAGCUGGCGGCCGAGGUGCUGGGCCGCACGCCGCAGCCGGGCGAUAUCAAGCAGGAGACGCUGCUGGGCGCGGUGCUGGGCGCGCUGACGAGUAGCUUCGAGCACGACGAGGACGGUAAGCUUUCCCCCUUUCCUUUUCCUUUCCCUCUCUUUCAUCACACCACACCACACCACACAACACAAGACGCACGCAGACAGCUAACCAACUCGCCACGCACAGACUUCUGGCAGUCGCCCAGCCACUUCUCAGCCAUCAGCACACCCCUGCUGACGCAACUCACGCACCCCUCCCCCGCCCUCGUCGCCAACGCCAUCAUCCCCGCGCUAACAGCGCUCGCCGGCGCCGCCGCCUCCCCCGACCACCACAAAGCGCUGAACGCGGGCGUGCUGCGGCACAUGCGCGCCGCGAGCGCGGGCACGCGGCUGGCGGCUGUGCGCGCGCAGCAAGCGCUCACGGACGCCCUCGGCGAGGACUGGUUGGCGCUGCUGCCGGAGAUGCUGCCGUUUAUUAGCGAGGCGCAGGAGGAUGAUGAUGAGGGGGUUGAGGGGGAGACGUUGAGGUGGAUUAGGCGGAUUGAGGAGGUGUUGGGCGAGAGCUUGGAGGGGAUGUUGCAGUAG